AUGAUAUUGUCUGCACCACAAACACCACGUUUAAAAUCAAAAUUGUCCAUAGAUAUGCCAAUAAAUUAUUCAGGCGUUAACACUCCUGCAUUCAGUCCUUUGCCUUCGCCUACAUUAUCUGCUUCGUUUGCAAGUAGAACUCCAGCUGAACUUACUGCAUUAGUAAAAGAAGCUUAUG